CGUACCACAUCCCAAUAACUGCAACCGUCCUUUCUUGGCGUUUUCAGUCUUUCAGUCCUUCAUUUAACCUCUCAAUCAAAUACUCGUUUUAUCUGGAGAAUAAUACUGUUUUAAUUCAAAUAUUUUGUAGUAAAAUUGUUUAAUCGACAUAAAAGAUGGCACCACCAUGUUUUGCUGAUCUUGGAAAGCAAGCAAGAGACAUCUUUAGCAAAAACUAUCAUAUUGGUGUGACAAAGUUGGAUUGUAAAACCAAAACUAGCACUGGUGUAAAUUUUGCUGUUGUUGGAACCUCAAACAAUGAUACAGGAAGAGUGAAUGCCUCUCUAGAAACAAAGUACUUGUUCAAAGAUUACGGUGUUACAAUUAAAGAAAAGUGGAAUACUGAAAAUAUACUUUCUACUGAUGUUGCUGUUGAAGAUCAGUUUGUCAAGGGCUUGAAGUUAAAUUUAGACAGUAGUUUUGCUCCACAAACUGGGAAAAAAGCUGGAACAAUUAAAACAGCCUAUAAAAAUGAUCAUGUUCAUUUGAAUGGAGAUGUGGAUAUAGAUCAAAGUGCUCCCCAAUUUCAUGGUGCUGCAGUUUUGAACUAUCAAAACUGGUUGGUGGGUGCGAAAUUUUCACAUGAUUUGGCAAGACAUCAGCUAACGAAAACUAAUGUUGGUGUUGGUUAUUCUCUAGGGGAUUUUGUAUUCCAUUCUAGUGUAGCUGAUGGGCAGGAGUUUAAUGGAUUGAUGUAUCAAAAAGUCAAUGACAAACUGGAAUCAGGAAUGACAUUAACUUGGAUAGCUGGGACUAAUGAAACUAAAUUUGGACUUGGUUGCGUUUAUAAAUUAGAUGAUGAUACUUCAGUCAGAGCUAAGGUUAAUAAUAGCAGUCAAAUUGGUCUGUCAUUUACUCAUCGCCUUCGAAAGGGAAUUCAACUAACUCUGUCUACUCUAAUUGAUGGAAAAAGUUUUAACCAAGGUGGACACAAAAUCGGUUUAGGGCUUGAACUAGAAGGCUAGCCUGGUUAUUAACAUUAUGAAUUGCAUUUAUAUUCUAUUAUAUAUAUAAAAGAUUCUAUUAAGUUUAUUAUAUUUUUGACUCGUGAGAAUUUUCUCAUUUGUAGUUCAUAUAAAGUUUAUAUGUUGGGGCUAAGGGAUAGUUUGAUACUAAUUUGAAAUCAAGCUUAUAUUUAUAUACCAUCUCACACCAUUGUCAAAAUAGCUGUUGCAAAAAUGAAAUAUGUAGACAAAACUUAAAAUAAAGUUUAAUGAUGCUAUAUUUGUUAAAA